AAAAAGAGAUGAAGUAUAGUAGGAUAGGGUUAGCACGAAACCGAGCCCAGUACGGCUUUACUCCUGCUCCGUCGCUUAUUAUAACCCUUCUCAUGCUAAUGGCGACUCGCUUUUCUCUAUCUCGUUCAGCUCACUUUUGCUUAAAAACCCCUGCUUUCUCCCGUCCAACAACAAAAAACUUACUCCAGUGCCGUUCCUGUCCCCUUUGGUCCUCCUCUUUCGCACUCUGUCUUCACACUCUCCCCAAGUCAACACUCCCUUCUCCUCAUCACCGUCGCAAAACCAUCGCCGUCAGAUCGUUUUGUCCGGCGCCGGGAUCAAUUUCCGAUCAUCCUACUAAAAUGUCGACUGCUACUUCCGAUGACAAUCCUCUAUUGAAGGACUUCUAUUUCCCACCCUUCGAUUCAAUCGAGGCCAAGCACGUUCGUCCCGGAAUUCGUGCUUUGCUCAAACAAGUCGAUGAGGAUUUAGAAGCUUUGGAGAAGACGGUGGAGCCCACCUGGCCGAAGCUGGUGGAGCCGUUGGAGAAGAUAGUUGAUAGAUUGACGGUUGUUUGGGGUGCCGUGAAUCAUCUCAAGUCUGUCAAAGAUAAUCCCGAUCUUCGUGCCGCUAUUGAAGAAGUUCAGCCGGAAAAAGUUGCUUUUUCGCUUAAAUUGGGUCAGAGCAAGCCAAUCUAUAAUGCAUUCAAAGCCAUACGGGAGUCUCCUGAUUGGGAGUCUUUGAGUGAUGCUCGUAAACGAAUAGUUGACUCGCAAAUAAAGGAGGCUGUACUAAGUGGUAUCGCUCUUGAGGAUGAUAAAAGAGAGCAAUUUAACAAGAUUGAACAGGAAUUAGCAAAGCUAUCUCAGAAAUUUGAGGAGAAUGUUUUGGAUGCCACCAAGAAGUUCGAAAAAUUAAUAACUGAUAAGAAAGAUAUUGAGGGAUUGCCUGCCACAUCUCUUGGUUUGGCUGCACAGACAGCAGUGUCUAAGGGGCAUGAAAAAGCUACUGCAGAAGAUGGGCCAUGGAUAAUCACAUUGGAUGCGCCAAGUUAUAUGGCUGUCAUGCAGCAUGCAAAGAAUAGAACUCUAAGAGAGGAGGUUUACCGUGCGUAUAUAAACCGUGCUUCUGAUGGAGACCUUGAUAACACUGGGAUAAUUGACCAAAUUCUUAAGCUUAGGUUGGAAAAGGCUAAGCUCCUUGGAUACAAUAACUAUGCUGAGGUAAGCAUGGCAAUGAAAAUGGCCACUGUUGAUAAAGCUGAAGAGCUUUUAGAAAAGCUUCGCAGUGCUUCUUGGGAUCCUGCAGUCAAAGAUUUGGAAGACCUGAAAGAGUUUUGUAAAAGUCAAGGUGCUCCAGAAGCUGAUGAUUUGAACCAUUGGGAUAUUACUUUCUGGAGUGAGAGGCUUCGUGAAUCUAAGUAUGAGCUNNUACAGGAAGAACUACGCCCAUACUUUUCAUUGCCUAGGGUUAUGGAUGGUCUUUUCAGCCUUGUAAAUAUGCUGUUUGGUAUCAAUGUUGAGCCUGCUGAUGGAUUAGCUCCGGUUUGGAACAACGAUGUGCGGUUUUACCGCGUGAAUGAUUCCUCUGGAAGUCCCAUUGCCUACUUUUAUUUUGAUCCAUACUCUCGUCCGUCUGAGAAACGUGGAGGUGCAUGGAUGGAUGAAGUUGUUAGCCGAAGCCGUGUAUUAUCACUAGAUGGUGCCUCUGCUAGAUUGCCUGUUGCCCACAUGGUUUGUAAUCAAAUGCCACCAGUUGGGGAUAAACCCAGCCUAAUGACAUUCCGCGAGGUUGAGACUGUCUUCCAUGAAUUUGGACACGCCCUUCAGCAUAUGCUCACUAAGCAGGAUGAGGGUUUGGUUGCUGGUAUAAGGGGCGUAGAAUGGGAUGCUGUGGAAUUACCAUCACAAUUCAUGGAAAAUUGGUGCUAUCACAGGGAUACUCUGAUGGGCAUUGCUAAGCAUCAUGAAACUGGAGAGAGUCUCCCAGAAGACAUAUACAAGAAGCUUCUUACUGCUAGGACUUUUCGUGCUGGUACCUUGAGCCUUCGGCAGUUGAGAUUUGCAACUGUUGAUCUUGAGUUACAUGCAAAAUAUGUUCCGGGUGGCUCAGAAUCAGUCUAUUGUGUUGACCGACGGGUCUCUAAGAGAACCCAAGUGCUUCCUCCACUCCCAGAGGAUAAGUUCCUUUGCAGUUUCAGUCACAUUUUUGCGGGUGGAUAUGCUGCUGGAUACUACAGUUACAAGUGGGCAGAGGUUUUGUCUGCAGACGCCUUCUCUGCAUUCGAGGAUGCUGGGCUAGAGAAUGAGAAGGCUGUGAAAGAAACAGGCCACAGAUUCAGGGAGACCGUUCUUGCUCUUGGAGGUGGAAAGGCUCCAUUGGAGGUUUUCGUGCAAUUUAGAGGUCGGGAACCUUCUCCAGAACCGCUGCUUAGGCACAACGGCCUACUCUCAGCUUCUGCCUCUGCAUGAGAUCAUUUUAAAACCUUGUGCAGUCUUAAUGGCCAUUCAAAGGUCAUAUGGCCAGUAGAAACAUUUGCAUGCUUUCACGCCAUUAGAUGUAACUACAUUUUUUUCAACGCUUGAUAUAUUAUUUAAUUCAGAACGAGCUUUGGUACUGAGGAUCGGAUAAUAUGGAUUAAUAGUAUCUGAUUUACUGGUUAUAAACGAAGUUCUUGGUUCUU